CCCCUUGCGGGGAGCCCCUCCUGUGCUGCGCCCCAGCCCCUGUGCAGCCCCCGCCACGGGCAGAGCCUGCCCCGCCGCCCGUGAGUCAGCACGGCCCUUCCGAUUAGCGGCAGCCCCUUCUCUCCCGGGAGGAGCCGCCGCUCAGCACCGGCCGGGAUGCGGGAAGCAGCAGCAGCCGCGAUUAGCAGUUGCUGGCUCCCUGCUGCAGCCGGGGGCCUGCGCUGAGCCCUGCCUCGUCCAGCGGACAGCCCACCUGUAUCCUGCUCCUGGGCAUCCUCCUCUUCCUCCCGCCAGCCCUCUGGGCGAGAUCUGUGCCUGGAGCCGUGCUCUUGAAGGACUGGAAGUCCCUGCAUCCUAGGCAGCUGUGAGCACCAGCGGCAUCUCAGCAUCGUGGCCCUCCCUGGCUUCGGGUACCGCUCCCCCCCGGCAGAGCCCGGGGAGCCAACGGCGGCUGCCUGCCGCCGGCACGUGGGUUGCGUAGCGCUGGCCGCCACAGAAGGACCUUAUUCGCUCCUGGACGGUGCUUGGAGCGGGGCUGGGCUGGGCUUGGAUGCGCUCUGUGGCUGCCUUGUCUCAGGGCUUUAAAUAUUCAUGCUUUUGAUUUCCUCUUAGCGGCUGGUGGCGGUGGGGCUGCGCGGGGGCUGGAGCGAGCCGGCUGGGGCGGAGGGCAGCCGCGCCGGACCUGGCAGUGGGGCAGAGGGGGCCAGAUCUGGCUCUGGCUGAAGACAAUGGGAUUUAUUGCCAGCCCAGCGUGGGGCCGCAGGGCUUGAGGACCUCCAGGCCAGGGGCUGACUGCACCAAGCCCCCCCUUCCCGAGCCGGCGGCUCCCUGGGGCGUCACCGAGGCCCCAUUUCCUCCCCGGCACGGCAGGAGCGCAGGGUCGCUCUCCAUCUGGCCGGAUCCGCGCAUCCUUGCUGACGCCGAUUGUGAUCGAUUGACUGCGACGGCGCGGAGCUGGGCAGCCCCUGGACCCGCUGCCUGGCGUCCUGGGGGCCGGCUCGCCAUGCCGGGCUGGCGUGGACCCGGCAGGGAGCUCAGCCAAGGCUUCUGCUUGGGGGUGGCUUCUCGGCGGCUGCGGGCGCUCGGACUCUCCAUGGGGUCCCCGUGAGACCCGGCCGGCUGCCUUCGCCCUGCUGCCGCACGGGCCAGGCUGGCCCCGGCCCUUCUCGCCUCUCUCCGGCAUGGAUCUGCUGCAGAAGAGCAAAUACAGCCACCUGCGGAACGAGUCCGUCUCUUCUCUGGAGGAGGCGGUGGGGGGCCUGGGGGUCCCGGCCUCCCCGGUGGACUCCCUCGCAGGCACGCGGUCUCUGCCUGGCUCCCUGUCCUCCUCCUCCCUCAGCCCUGCAGCACCUCUUGGGGAGCUCUCGCCCGAGUCGGAGGACAGCCCCACCACCCUCUGCUCCUUCUUCCCCAAAAUGGCCAACCUGAAGCUCUCGAACCCCGCCAACCUGCUCAGCCUGCGGGGCUCCUUGGUCGGCGGCAGCCCAGGGGAGCCCGGCACCGCCGGGACGCCGGCACCGCCGGGGGCUGCCGGCUCCGACUCAGCGGGACCUCUUGCUGUGUGUUCCCAGGAUAUGAACAAGCUGAGCUGUGGGAAGAAGACGCGGGUGGAAGGCGGCCAGCUGGGGGGUGACGAAUGGACCCGCCACGGCAGCUUUGUCAAUAAGCCCACUCGCGGCUGGCUGCACCCGGAUGACAAGGUCAUGGGCCCCGGGGUCUCCUACCACGUCCGGUACAUGGGCUGCGUGGAAGUCCUCCAGUCCAUGAGGGCUUUGGAUUUCAACACCAGGACACAGGUCACCAGGGAGGCCAUUGGGCUGGUGUGCGAGGCCGUGCCCGGUGCCAAGGGAGCGGUGCGGAGGAGGAAGCCCUGCGGCCGCUCCCUGAACUCCAUCCUGGGCAAGAGCAACCUGAAGUUCGCCGGCAUGCCCAUCACCCUGACCAUCUCCACCAGCAGCCUCAACCUCAUGGCUUCUGACUGCAAGCAGAUCAUCGCCAACCACCACAUGCAGUCCAUCUCCUUCGCUUCUGGGGGAGACCCGGACACAGCCGAAUAUGUCGCCUACGUUGCCAAAGACCCCGUCAAUCAGAGAGCCUGCCAUAUCCUGGAGUGCCCCGAGGGCUUGGCGCAGGAUGUGAUCAGCACCAUCGGGCAGGCCUUUGAACUGCGGUUCAAGCAGUACCUGAAGAACCCCCCAAAGCUGGUGACACCCCACGACAGGAUGGCAGGGUUUGAUGGCUCUGCCUGGGAUGAGGAAGAGGAGGAACCGACUCCCGAUCACCAGUACUACAACGACUUCCCCGGCAAGGAGCCUCCCAUCGGGGGGGUUGUGGACAUGCGGCUGCGGGACGGGGCUGCUCAGACCCCCAGUCACUUGGGGGCCACGCUGCCUGUCGGCCAGACGUCCGGUGGGGAGUAUGACCCCCGAAAGCAGCAUGCUCCUGCCCAAGGGAGAGAGAAAUACCCGGCUCCAGCAGGCGCCUCUGGCCGCACAGACCUGUUUGAUGACCCAUCUUAUGUCAACGUGCAGAACAUGGACAAGACACGCCAAGCGUCGGCCGCUGGCACCCCCGCAACGGCCAACGGCAGCGCCCAGAGAGACCUCUUCGACAUGAAGCCCUUUGAAGAUGCCCUGCGUGUCCCCCCCUCCGUGCCUGUGGGGCUGCCCCCUGCCCAAGUGGUGGCCUCCAUGGAGGAGCAGCUGAGACGGGAGCCCUGGUACCACGGGAAGAUGAACCGCAAGGAGGCUGAGAAGCUGCUGAAGGUGAACGGAGACUUCCUGGUGCGGGAGAGCACCACCACCCCUGGCCAGUACGUGCUGACCGGCUUGCAGGGCGGGCAGCCCAAGCAUCUGCUGCUCGUCGAUCCUGAGGGAGUGGUGCGGACGAAAGACCACCGCUUUGAGAGCGUCAGCCACCUCAUCAGCUACCACAUGGACAAUCACCUACCCAUCAUCUCGGCCGGCAGCGAAAUGUGCCUGCAGCAGCCGGUGGAGAGGAGACUGUGAGCGCCUGGGGGGGGCCCUGGUGCGCAGCCCCCCCUCCCGGCCCCGCUCCCUGCCCCGGGGAGCCCUCGGACUCUGUUGGGUGCUCUGCCCGGGACUGAGCGUGGACUUGGCCGGGGCCCGUCCUCCCCCCCGCCAUGAGGAGCCGGCGGUCGCGGGCAGCACGGUGUGAGCUGCCUGCAGGGUGGGGGGCCGUUGUUGCCAAAGCCCCCGCCUCCCCCCAGCUCCAGCCUUUGCACAGCAGCUCAGCUCCUACCGCACCCCGGCCCUGCCGCCGCGCCGCAGCCGCUCUCCUGCCCGGUGGCGCGUGGGCACGGGGCUCGGGGCUGGCGGAGCCGAGACGCCCCCCCAACCCCCCCCCCCCGAGCCGGGGGGCAGCCCAGCCUCAUCCCCUGCCCAGGGGCCAUGGCGGGAGGCUGCGGGGGCCUCCGCUCCCCUAAGCACAAGGCCCGGCCGGCCCCGCACCGUCUGUACCCGAUCACUUUACGUGUUAACGUCGUGCCUUGACCCCCCAGGUCCCACACUCUUAUGCAAUGCCGGGGGCAGAGCCCCCCACCCCCGCCGUGCCCCCUCCCGGGACGUGCACCUCCGGGCUCCCGCCCUGUUCCCCCCCCCCCCCCCCGGGCUCCCGCUGGGCACGGCCGGGUCCUGCAGCCCGGGGGGCGGUGGGAGGCCCCCGUUCCCCCCGCAUGCACGGUGUUAGCCCCCCCCCAAGCCAAAGCGCAGCCCUGCCCCGCGCAGCCCCGGGGCCCCGAGCCCCGCCAUACCAAAGGAACCGGUGGUUGGUAUUAAAGUUGGUAUUUCUCUA